AUGAAACUAUACGUGAAGCAGGGAAAAUAUGCCAGAAAAGCUGUCAACAAUAUCGCAGCAGAGGAGAAGGCCGAAACCCAGGCUAUGACUUUGUUAGCGGGAUUGCGGGGACCCGCGCUGGACUUCGCGUAUACCCGUCCGCAGGAGAUCCAUGAUAAGUUUGAAGAAGAAUUCCCGCAACGUCCGAUCGAGUAA